ACCGCCAGCGGCGACGAGCGGUAGCUGCGGGCUGUUGCCGUCCUGUCCGGGCGGCCCGGAAACUUUCCCGGGGCGCGGGGCAGGAGUCUCCAAGAUGAAUACUACAGCAAUGAGCCCACUCACCGUUACUCCACUAGGUUUUGUUCCAGACUUUAAAAAUUCCACCCUUGAUCCUCUCAAUGAGACUGCAUGUGAAAACUGGAAAGAGAUUCAUCAUCUUGUUUUCCACGUGGCAAACAUUUGCUUUGCAGUUGGACUGGUUAUUCCAACUACUUUGAAUCUUCAUAUGAUUCUUCUGCGAGGCCUGCUCACCGUAGGAUGUGCAUUAUUCAUCAUUUGGGCUACUCUAUAUCGUUGUGCCUUGGACAUAAUGAUCUGGAAUUCUGUGUUUUUGGUUGUCAACCUUCUGCAUUUCAUAUACCUGGUGUAUAAAAGAAGACCGAUCAAGAUAGAGAAGGAGCUUAGCAGCCUCUACAAGAGAAUGUUUGAACCUCUCCAUGUACCUCCAGAGCUCUUCCAAAGACUAACUGGACAAUUCUGCAACAUUCAGACUUUGAAGACAGGUCAAGCCUAUGCAGCAGAAGAUAAAACAUCAGUUGAUGAUAGGCUAAGCAUCCUGCUGAAGGGGAAAAUGAAGGUGUCUUAUCGAGGGCAUUUUCUGCAUAAUAUUUACCCCUGUGCCUUUAUAGAUUCUCCUGAAUUUCGAUCGACACAGAUGAACCGGGGUGAGAAAUUCCAGGUCACCAUUAUUGCAGAUGAUAACUGCAAAUUCCUGUGCUGGUCCAGGGAACGGCUGACUUACUUUCUGGAGUCUGAGCCAUUUCUUUAUGAGAUCUUUAAGUACCUUAUUGGCAAAGAUAUUACAAAUAAACUUUAUUCAUUGAAUGACCCAACCUUAAAUGACAAGGCUUCAAAGAAGAUUGACCGGCAGCCCAGCCUUUGCUCUCAGCUCUCUGUGAUGCAGAUGAGGAACAGCAUGGCCAGCACCAGUGACAGCGAGGAUGGCUUGCAGAUGUUUCUUCGUGGGACUUCCUCUGCAUCCUCUCUUCGCCCAGGCCGCACAUCUCCUUACCUGAGAACUUCAGCAAAGAUGAAGCCCAUAGAAGAAAGUGUUGAAGAUGAUGUCUUUGAAGCACCGUCUGCUGAUAAGCUUGAACUCCAGCGGCUGCCUUAAACAGUUGUGUCCUCAGGUGUAUCAGAGCUUGCACAAAGCUCCAGUGCAACAGGAAGGAGCUGAAUUUGGGAGGAAUCCGAAAACAAAGCCCACCUCUCCAUGUUUGAAUUUACUGCAGCAUAUGCCAGUGGUUUCUAGAUGAAAAUACUGUGUUUUAUUUUACUUCUAAAUAAAAUAAAUAAAAACUUUUGUGGG